UUNGUAAAUUGGAAGAAUUUAAUUCUGCAAUAUCCCGGCCUUAUAGUCACUGGCUCCAGCGCGAAAGGAACUGUGAAAAUACAGGGAAAAUGGUUUCGCGUAAAAAUUUUGUGCCCGAAUUUCCCUAAACUUCAAGAUGCGAUUAUAGAAUUACUGCAGACGCAUCAAAAUAAAUUAAUUACCAUAUUAAAUAAGAACCUACAGUCCGGCUGGACUCUGUAUGAUGCUAUAGAAAAUAUACCACAACUAUUACAAAAGCAAUGCGAGAAGAUAUCCACUUUUGGCUGUAGGAGUGAGGAUACGCUACCAGAAAAUAUUUACCAAGAAAUAGUUGCCAUCUACUCGCCCGAGAGCUAUCAGCUGCAAUUGAAUGACGCCUGCAGCCGCUUACGAUUCUGCAAAUUUGCUCUGCACGGGAAACAUUAUCUGCAAGUGGAACUUCCAAGUCUACGCAUAAGUGAGCAUAGUCUACCCGACUGUUUUGAUUGGGAAGAACAGCUCCAUAAGUAUAAUAAUCUCGGUGCCAUGGUGCAGCAAUUUCAAAAGUAUUUAGAAGACUUGCAGCCAUUUUAUGAUAACUUCACCGAUAUCGACGAACUGUGCUAUGUUGUGCAACCAUCACCGCCAGUAUCUACCAAACACAAUUGGCGUUUGUUUGUGCUGCGCGAGCGAGUCUACCUCAAACUGGUCAUCGUUGAUCCAUUCGCACCAAUUGCCUCAAUGUCCUUGCAGGUCAUAGGACCGACACAAGCAGUUGAAGAGUUGCGACGCACACUAAGUGAUGGCUUACGUGAUUGGGACGCCGAAUUAGAUAUACAUAAAAAUUUGUUGCGUAUCUUCGACCUGUGUUACUUUCCUAUGCCGCCGGGUAGCGGAUGGUUAGGUGGAGAGCACGAGGCCACAGCAGCGGAACAAUUUUGUAAUAUCUGCUACUCUUAUCAACUGGAUGAAGGUGAAAUACCGAUUGUGUCCUGUGAUAAUCCCCAUUGUACGCUUAUAUAUCAUGCAUCGUGCCUGAAAGAAUGGUUCAAUACACUUACUGAUGGAAAGAAUUUUCUCAGUGUGUCCUUUGGUGCCUGCCCAUUUUGUAAAACAAAACUUUCAACAUCAUUCGCCGAAUUAUUAGAAAAUUAAACUGUAAAUAUAUAGACUUCUGAAGAGAGUAAGCCCGAAUUAAAUGGGAGUUUAUUAAUGUAAAUAUUCUUUCAAAAGUUCUUACUUUAUGAUUUAAUAUAAAUCUAAAAUAAUAAAAUACGAAUAUACCUUUCAAGGAGGGAUACUCUUACAAUGGUGGUCAAAGCAUUUAUUUUCUUUUUCUUUUUCAUACUGGUUAAUUUCAGAAUUUUACUUGUUUACAGAGCAUGGUAGCAGAUAAAGUUCACGACCCGUCUAGUGACUCUUUUUUAAAGAGAUUUUACAUACAUUUCAAUGAAAAAUAUGAUAUACGUUCGUACAUGCACACAUCCAUAUAUAUAUUAUAUAUAUAUGUACUAGAUGGCACUCGAUUUGGAACAUUUAACAAAAUAUAUAAGUACAUAGCAGACCGAUAUUGGUUAAACAAAUUAUGGUAAUAUUCGUGUACCAGCCACAUAUGUACGUACAUAUGUAUAUACAUAACCAUGUGUAUGUGUGUACGUACUAUCUUUCCACAAGCCAAUAGGGGUAUACUCGCAAUCUUGCAAAACCUUUGCACGGUGCACGGAUUGCACG